GUAUGUGACGUCAGCUCCAUGUUGCUUCCGGGUUUGCUUUAUUUUCCCUGACGUUCAGGUAGAUUCUUUGUUGUUUUGAGUUAUUGGAUAUUUAUUUCAAAAUGAACCGUAUUUUUGGCCGAGGAAAACCGAAGGGACCACCACCAAAUCUCACAGACUGCAUAGGGAAUGUUGACUCGCGAGCGGAAUCUAUUGACAAGAAGAUUGCCAGACUAGAUGUUGAACUGGUCAAGUACAAGGAUCAGAUGAAGAAGAUGAGAGAUGGCCCUUCAAAAAACAUGGUCAAGCAGAAGGCGAUGAGGGUACUGAAGCAGAAAAGAAUGUACGAGGGCCAGAGAGACAACCUCACACAGCAGUCCUUCAACAUGGAACAGGCUAACUACACAAUCCAAACUCUCAAAGACACAAAAACAACAGUUGAUGCCAUGAAAAUUGGAGCCAAAGAGAUGAAGGCGGCAUACAAGAACGUGAAGAUCGAUCAGAUUGAGGAUCUCCAAGACCAGCUGGAGGACAUGAUGGAGGACGCCAACGAGGUGCAGGAGGCGAUGAGCAGAAGCUACGGGACGCCAGAGAUCGAUGAUGAUGACCUGGAAGCAGAGCUGGAUGCCCUGGGAGAUGAGCUCCUGCUUGAUGAUGACAGCUCCUACCUGGAUGAGGCCAGCAAUGCCCCCUCCAUCCCAGAGGGAAUACCCAGUGACAGGGCACCAAACCGGGAUGGAGUUCUGGUGGAUGAAUUUGGCCUGCCACAGAUCCCUGCUACAUAAUGGAUGGACAGCAGGCAGAAACCAAUGGCAACACUCCCAACUCUUUUUCUUUUCUUUUUUUUUUAAUGUAUAGCCUUUUUACAACAUACACUGAAUAUACCAAAUAUUAGGAACACCUUCCUAAUAUUGAAUUGCGUGCCCCCUCCACAUACCCAAUCCCCCCCCAAAAUAAAUAAUUAUUCAACCUGUCUCCUCCCCUUCAUCUACACAGAUCAAUAAGGGAUCAUAGCUUUCACCUGGAUUCACCUGGUCAGUCUGUCAUGGAAAGAGGCUGCUUUGUAUACUCAGUGUAUAUCCGACUGACAUGCAUUACAUGGUGGUGGACAGAGAAAAACAACUUGCCUUAAUUAGGUUACCUUGAUUGAAUAACUGAUAAUGUCAAAAAUAUAAAUAAAAAAUCGAUAGUGA